AUGCUGCUCGCGGCAUCGAGACUCGUCAGGCUGCUCCUCGUCUCGGCGAUCUUCUGCGUGGGCCUGUGCUCCGAGGAUGAGGAGAGGCUGGUGCGCGAUCUCUUCCGGGGCUACAACAAGCUGAUCCGGCCAGUGCAGAACAUGACCGACACCGUCAACGUCAAGUUCGGCCUCGCCUUCGUCCAGUUGAUCAACGUCAACGAGAAGAACCAGAUCAUGAAGUCGAACGUCUGGCUGCGCUUCGUCUGGACGGACUACCAGCUGCAGUGGGACGAGGCGGACUACGGGGGGAUCUCGGUGCUGCGGCUGCCGCCCGACAAGGUCUGGAAGCCCGACAUCGUGCUCUUCAACAACGCCGACGGCAACUACGAGGUGCGCUACAAGAGCAACGUGCUCAUCUACCCGAACGGCGAGGUGCUCUGGGUGCCGCCGGCCAUCUACCAGUCCUCCUGCACGAUCGACGUCACCUACUUCCCCUUCGACCAGCAGACCUGCAUCAUGAAGUUCGGCUCGUGGACGUUCAACGGCGACCAGGUCUCGCUGGCCCUCUACAACGACAAGAACUUUGUCGACCUGUCGGACUACUGGAAGAGCGGCACCUGGGACAUCAUCAACGUGCCGGCCUUCCUCAACGUCUACGAGGAGUUCCCCACCGAGACCGACAUCACCUUCUACAUCAUCAUCCGGCGCAAGACCCUCUUCUACACGGUCAAUCUGAUCCUGCCGACCGUCCUCAUCUCCUUCCUCUGCGUGCUCGUCUUCUACCUGCCGGCCGAGGCCGGCGAGAAGGUCACCCUCGGCAUCAGCAUUCUCCUCUCGCUGGUCGUGUUCCUCCUGCUGGUCAGUAAGAUCCUGCCGCCGACGUCGCUGGUGCUGCCGCUCAUCGCCAAGUAUCUGCUCUUCACCUUCAUCAUGAACACCGUCAGUAUUCUCGUGACGGUCGUCAUCAUCAAUUGGAACUUCCGAGGACCGCGCACUCACCGGAUGCCCCAAAUGACCCGCAGGAUCUUCCUCAAGAUCCUGCCGGCGAUCCUGCUGAUGCGCCGACCGAAGAAGACCCGGCUGCGCUGGAUGAUGGAGAUCCCCAACGUGACGCUCCCGACCUCGACCUACUCGGGCAGUCCGACCGAGCUGCCGAAGCACCUGCCCGCCUCGCUCGCCGCCAAGCCCAAGAUGGAGGUGAUGGAGCUGUCGGACCUGCACCACCCCAACUGCAAGAUCAACCGUAAGAUCCACCACACGGGCGGCUCGAGCGCCGCCGGGCCCGGCUCCGAGGCCCUCGCCGACAGGCGCGGCUCCGAGAGCUCCGACUCGGUCCUCCUCAGUCCCGAGGCCACCAAGGCCACCGAGGCCGUCGAGUUCAUCGCCGAGCAUCUGCGCAACGAGGACCUCUACAUUCAGACGCGGGAGGACUGGAAGUACGUGGCCAUGGUCAUAGACCGACUGCAGCUCUACAUCUUCUUCAUCGUCACGACGGCCGGGACGAUCGGCAUCCUCAUGGACGCGCCCCACAUCUUCGAGUACGUCGACCAGGAUCGCAUCAUCGAGAUCUACAGGGGCAAGUGA